AUGCAAACUAGAAAGACCUUUUCUUGGAUAAAAGAAGAGAUUACUCGUUCAAUUUCCGUAUUGCUCAUGAUAUAUAUAAUAACUUGGGCAUCCAUUUCAAAUGCAUAUCCCAUUUUUGCACAGCAGGGUUAUGAAAAUCCACGCGAAGCAACUGGUCGUAUUGUAUGUGCCAAUUGUCAUUUAGCUAAUAAACCCGUGGAUAUUGAGGUUCCACAAGCGGUACUUCCAGAUACUGUAUUUGAAGCAGUUGUUCGAAUUCCUUAUGAUAUGCAACUGAAACAAGUUCUUGCUAAUGGUAAAAAGGGGGCUUUGAACGUGGGGGCUGUUCUUAUUUUACCUGAGGGGUUUGAAUUAGCCCCUCCCGAUCGUAUUUCGCCAGAGAUGAAAGAAAAGAUGGGAAAUCUGUCUUUUCAGAGUUAUCGCCCCACUAAAAAAAAUAUUCUUGUGAUAGGUCCUGUUCCUGGUCAGAAAUAUAGUGAAAUUACCUUUCCUAUUCUUUCUCCGGACCCCGCCGCUAAGAAAGAUGUUCACUUUUUAAAAUAUCCCAUAUAUGUAGGCGGAAACAGGGGAAGGGGUCAGAUUUAUCCCGACGGGAGCAAGAGCAACAAUACGGUUUAUAAUGCUACAGCAGCAGGUAUAGUAAGCAAAAUCAUACGAAAAGAAAAAGGGGGGUACGAAAUAACCAUAACGGAUGCGUCAGAGGGACGUCAAGUGAUUGAUAUUAUACCUCCAGGACCAGAACUUCUUGUUUCAGAAGGCGAAUCCAUUAAACUUGAUCAACCAUUAACGAGUAAUCCUAAUGUGGGUGGAUUUGGUCAGGGGGAUGCAGAAAUAGUACUUCAAGACCCAUUACGCGUCCAAGGCCUUUUGUUCUUCUUGGCAUCCGUUAUUUUGGCACAAAUCUUUUUGGUUCUUAAAAAGAAACAGUUUGAGAAGGUUCAAUUGUCCGAAAUGAAUUUCUAG